ACCGAUCAUGCUCUCGUCUCCCAGAACAUUUAUACUAAGCUCACUAGUCUAUCGGUCGCUAGCUUACCAAGUAGCAGGCGACGCUUAUAGUAGCAAAAGUCAACGUUAGCCGAAAGCUAGUAUAUAUAUGAUACAGAUGACAUCGUAUCGGCACGUCGUGGUUUAACUUCAAACAGCGAUAGAGGGAGAAGCUAAUAUGGCAGCAAAAACAGGAGACGACCCAGACAGCCUCAUGGCUUUAGCAACAGUCUUCUGCCUGAGGAACCUUAGGAAGACCAUGUGUUACCAAGGAUACAGAAAUAAGCUUUGUCUGCGCUCAGACAUCUUUCUUCCUAGUGAAAUCUGUGAUAAGCUGGUCAACACGUAUAUGGACUUGGUUCACACAGACAGUAACUUUGAGCCACAGGAAAGUUUUUUCCAGUUAUUUUCAGACCCCAGAAGCACAAGACUCACAAGAGUACAGCUCAGAGAGGAUUUUGUACGCGACAGAGACUUGGAAGCCAUUAGAAAACAGGACCUGAUCAAGCUCCACCUGACCUACUGCAGCAACGUGUCGGCCCGCAGCCUCAAGACGCUGGGCUGCUUCAAGGACACCCUGGUGUCCCUGUGCCUGUUCGGCUGCAGCAACAUCUUCUACCGCAAGGGUGGCGCCCCGCUGGCGUGCGGCGAGGACAACGAGGAGGACGACCUGGCCAACCCCGUGUCGCGGCAGGCGCUGGAGAAGGACUUUAACUUCGAGGGCUUCGGCCGCCUGCGCCUGCUCAACCUGGGCGGCCUGCCGGACGAGAUCGACGUGGAGCCGCUGCUGAAGACGCUGACGGCGCUCACCUCGCUGGACCUCUCGGGCGUGCAGCUGGCCCGGGCCGCCUUCCUGACGCAGUGGAAGGAGCGCAUGGCGUCGCUGGUGCUCUACAACGUGGACAUGUCGGAGGAGCUGGUCGGGACCCUGCUGGAGCUGGGCAAGCUGAGGCAUCUGGACGUUUCCAGAGAGAGCAGGCGCACGUCCAAGUUCAAGAUGACCAGGAAGAUUCUCACGGCCAUCGCCCAGCGGCUGGUCAACCUGGUGUCCCUGGACAUCUCGGGCCACGUCAUGCUGGACAACUGCACCGUCCCCCACGUCAAAGACGCUAUGGGGCGGGCCAGCACGGAGCCCUGCAAAAGCAGCAUCUAUCCCUUCCAAGAGCUGAAGAGACCUCUACAGUUUCUGGGUUUAUACGACACCACGCUAUGUAACGUGACACAUAUCCCCGCAUAUAAGGUGACCGGGUCGAAGAACGAGGACCAGGUCCUGAACGCCAUCGAGGCGUACACGGAGUUCCGGCCCGAGCUGGCCCACCGCGCCAUCAACCAGCUGUUUGACAUCGCCAGGAUACAGCACUGCAGCCAGCUGCUCCGAGCCCUGCAGCUGGUGAUCGCCGCGCUAAAGUGCCACAAGUACGACAAGAGCAUCCAGGUGACGGGCAGCGCGGCGCUCUUCUACCUGACCAACACGGACUACCGCAACGACCAGAGCGUGCGUCUGCGGCGGCAGGUCAUCCAGGUGGUGCUGAACGGCAUGGAGCAGUACCAGGAGGUCACCGUGCAGAGGAACUGCUGCCUGACGCUGUGCAACUUCAGCAUCCCUGAGGAGCUGGAGUUCCAGUACAGCCGGGUGAACCAGCUGCUGCUGAAGAUCCUGGAGCCGGCCCGCCAGGAGGAGUCCAUCCAGAGGAUCGCCGUGCACCUCUGCAACGCGCUGGUCUGCCAGGUGGACAACCACCACAAGGAGGCUGUGGGCAAGAUGGGCUUCGUCAAGACGAUGUUGAACCUGAUCCAGAAGAAGCUGCAGAGCAGAAUGUGUGACCAGGUGAUGGAGUUCUCCUGGAGCGCGCUGUGGAACAUCACAGACGAGACGCCCGACAACUGCCAGAUGUUCCUGAACUGCCGGGGCAUGAGUCUCUUCCUGGAAUGUCUAGAAGAGUUUCCGGACAAGCAGGAGCUCCACCGUAACAUGCUGGGGCUUCUGGGUAAUGUCGCGGAGGUCCGAGCCCUGAGGCCACAGCUGCUCACCCCACAGUUCAUCACCGUGUUCAGUAACCUGCUGGACAGCGAGGCGGACGGGAUCGAGGUGUCCUACAACGCCUGCGGGGUCCUGUCCCACAUCAUGUUCGACGGGCCCGACGUGUGGGGCAUGGAGGAGCCGCUGCGGGACACGGUCAUGAAUAAGAUGCUGGACGCCAUCCGCAGCUGGGACGUCACCUCCCGCCGCAACAUCAACUACAGGUCUUUUGAGCCCAUCCUGCGACUCUUACCUCAGGGUAUCGCUCCAGUUAGCCAGCACUGGGCUACCUGGGCCCUCUUCAACCUAAUAUCUGUUUAUCCGAGUAAAUACUGCCCCCUGCUGAUAAAGGAGGGAGGAAUAGCUCUUUUGGAGCAGGUUCUUGAACUGGAUAGCUCCCAUGACGACACAAAGGACAUGGCAAGAAAAGUAAUGGAGCAAUGUGAAAACUUCAAGGAGGAGCCCAUGGAGAUCAACCAGGGUCAGGAGGUAGCGAACGCACAGCAGGCCUAAGGGAGCCCCCAUCGCAUUUCAAGCUAAACCAACAUAGGACCCCUUCACUGGGGCCAACAGCCGUGUGCAUUUUUCUCUGUAGAGCAGAAACAUUCUGUGGACACCUGAAUCACAACGCUAUUUGGAUGGACACGCACCAUGAUUUGACUAUUAUGGAUUUAAGAUGUGCAUGGUGUGUAUUUGUGAGUGGGUGUGCUUAUUUUUGCUGCACAUAUGUAUCUCUUCAACUGGGAGCAGUUUGUGUUGCGUGUUUCUGUGUGUAAGAAGGAGGGAGAGCUGCUCAUUUGGAUCUUCAACCGGGUGCAAUCUGGAGCGGGGGGUGUGUGUGUGUGUGUGUGUGUGUGUGUGAGCGUGUGUGUGUGUGUGUGAGCGUGUGUGUGUGUGUGUGAGCGUGUGUGUGAGAUGGAGGAGAGAGAAAGUCAAAAAGAGGCGCUUACUUGACAUGGCAUGGCGUUCGACUCCAUGGCAACAGAAGCGGAUCCCCCCCCCCCCCCCAACCCCAUCCCUAUCAGCUGUGUAGGAGGGCUCAUGACCCCGUAGUCUGCAGCCCCAUCAUUAUCGCGGCCCCAUCAGCAGCAACGUCACACUCACGGAGAAGCCCCCCCAACCUGUCCUCUUCAUCUGUAGGAAUGUGGAGCCCACCACUACACUCGAUUGAAGAGAAUAAGCCGUUAUUUGGCAGGGUGCUGUUGGGUGUGGAUUGGAUGGAUUGAGGGAGGGCGGGUGUGAUUGCAAGGGGGCGAACACGCCCCGCCUUUUAUUAUUAUUGUGAUAAGAGUUGAAAUAAUGGCGUUCUUUGUGAUAUAUGUAAAUAUUUCAUGUACUGUCCCACCCUUUUUUUUUUUCCAUGUGUGUAUGGUUUAUAAUAUAACUGUCAACUCUUGAUUUUCAUGACUGUAUUUAAAUUUAUUUAGAUUUUAUUGACGCUAAGGAAUAAAAUAAAUAAGUGUAAUCUAGUCAUCUUAGAUGGUCAACACGGAUCUUUUAUACGACUAGUUCUCAAUAAGGGUGAACCUAGCUUAUAUUUGCUAACAUUGUACCUAUGUUAUUUUGUUGUUGUUACUGGCAGCAAUACUGCAGAGCCCUGGAAAGCUAGUACAACACCUGAAAUCUUUGAUCGUUGCCAUCUCAACAGUGAGAAAAUUCGUUUGAAACGUAUCUAAAAUAAAUACCCAAACCGAAGUUCCUUCA